AUGCCCCGUCUUCCCCCCUCCCUGCUCUAUCGUGCCCACAGAAUCUCGCCCCAUCUCAAGACCCUCCUGCCGGCAUGCCGGGAUCUUGAGUCGGCGCAGAACGAGCUGCGCUGGAUCAGGGAGCACGCCGCCUCUUCCGCCUCUUCUCGGCCCAGCUCAUCGUCGGCAACCACCAGCGCGGAGGCCACGACCGCCCGCCUCGUCGCCCAGCGCGGCCGCGGCGCACCCCUGCAGUACGUGCUGGGCUCGCAGCCCUUCGGGAGCCUGGACCUGAAGUGCGGCAGGGGCGUCCUGAUCCCCCGCCCGGAGACCGAGGCCUACGUGUACCACCUGGCGGAGCGGCUGCGCAGCGGCGCGCUCCCGGGCGUGCGGCCCGGCCGCGGGGACCUGCGGAUCUUGGACCUGUGCACGGGCACGGGCUGCAUCGCGCUGCUCCUGCACGAGCGGCUGCGCGGCAAGUUCCCGGAGGUCCGGGCCGCGGGGCUCGACGUCAGCGCGGCGGCAGUGCGGCUGGCCAGGGAGAACCUGCGUAGGAACGUGGAGGGGGGAGUCCUGCCCGAGGGGGCGGGCGUGGUCUUCGGGCGGGCGGACAUCUUCGCGGACGACUGGCGCCGGCACGUGCCGGGCGGCGCGGUGGACGUCCUCGUGUCGAACCCGCCCUACAUCUCGGCCGAGGGCUUCGACGGCGGCACGGGCCGCUCGGUGCGCAACUUUGAGCCGAAGCUCGCGCUGGUGCCGGGCGAGGGGCUGAGAGCUGCUGCGGAGUCCCUGCGCUGUGAGCUGGCGGAUGUGUUCUAUGCCCGUUUGUUUGAGAUUGCAGGGGAGCUCGAGCCGAGGGUCAUGCUGUUCGAGGUUGGCGAUAUGGAGCAAGCGAUGAGGGUGGUGAGGAUGGCUACACGGAUAGGCAGUGGGGAUGAGUUGGGCUGCGAAAUAUGGAGAGAUGAGCCAGCCACAGGCGAAUCGGAGACUUGCUUGCUAGAUCCUCAAGGUCCUGAGCUGACCAUUCGUGGAGAGGGGCACGGAAGGUCAGUCGUGGUAUACCGCAAACUCGGCGGCGGUUGA